GCUUUAAUUUCCUGUAUUGACUUCAAUCUAUUCUUUUUAUCUUUUUUAUAGUGAAACCUGAAGAAGAAUGUACAGGAAAUGAAAAGGAUGAGAGAGAAAGCAUACUUGCAAUUUCCAAGAACAUCAGAUGAAAUUUGCUACAGAGGAACACGUAUAGUGGAUGGCCAGUUCCAAGUCCUUUUUUGUCCUGUAUAUGGAAAACCAGUUCAAUCCGUGUCGAAGAAACUAAGAAGAAGCUUCGGAGGUAUCACUACUGUCUGAACUUGAUCUAUAUAAAGACAGAAUCAGGAAACAAAGGAAAUCAAAUCAAUUAAUUCAUCCCGUUUCAAGCUCCAAAUGAGCUGUCAAUUUUAGGGUUUUGUUGUUGUGUAAUCUUCCUGUCGUGUCAUUUAUUUCCAACAGAGUUUCUCUUGCUGGAGUUGUGAUCAAUAAGACUUAAUUCCAACUAGUUAUGGCUGAGAUAGCUUCUAUUUUUGUUAGUCCUAUCGUGUCCAAGCUCACUGAAACUGUUGCAACCUUGAUCAACGAAGAACUUGCAGCAAUAAAGGGUGCUAAGAAGGAGCUGGAAAAGCUUUCAAGCAAUCUAAUCACCAUUGCAGCUGUGCUUGAGGAUGCUGAGAAGAAGCAGAUGGAUGCAGCCUGUGGUCGAUCUUUGAAGGUGUGGCUCUCAAAGCUCAAAAAUAUUGCUUUUGAUGUAGAGGACAUACUAGACACUUUUGCAACGGAAGCUCACCUCUCCAAGGACCGUAGAAUGGUGAGUGGUUGAUCGAAUUACUGCUGUUUGCGGCCAUCAAGAAUUAAGCGGCUACAAGUGACGAGAACAAAUAAUGGCUUGCUAGCUUAAAAUUAUGAUUGUUAUUGCUAAUAUGUGUCCUUGUAAAUAUAUAUGUAUAAGAAACCUAGAGAUAGACAAUGGCUUAAAUCAUUGCAAUAUUGGUGUCCGAUUCUGUUCAUGUUCUGCUGUGCUUUUUGUUUCUACAUUGUAAGUAAAGAGUGCCAAUUUCCAUACUAGUGUUGGAUUGUUGGUUUUCUUUUCAUUUUUUUGUCCAAAAUUGAUGCCACUUUAUCCGAUAAAA